AUGGUUGACACAAACGCCCCCCAAGGACUUUCCAAUAAGCUCCAAAACAAGCGCAAGAGACAAGCCGACGACGCUGCUCUCAAGCAAGAAAAGCCCGAAGCAGGCACACCCGCAGAGGGGUCAAGCAAGAAGAAGCAGAAGAAGAACAAGAACAAAAAGAAGCAGGCGGAACACGAUGAGCAUCAGUCAACACGCAAAGACGGCAUUGACGAGUCGAUUGGCAAGAUGGACGGCCGGUUGUUGGGCGAUCACUUUGCGCAGAAAGCCAAAAGACACGAAAAAGAGCUUUCUGCUGUUGAACUGAGUGAUCUUUCGAUUCCAGAUUCCGCAUUCCUCGAUACCUCUUCCUUCACCUCCAGCCGAAAGCUCGAGCAACUCCCCGAAUUCCUCAAAUCGUUCAGUAAAGGUGCCGACCUGUCAAAGUCGUCCGAGAAGAACGGCACCCCUCAUACACUAGUUAUUUCGGGUGCUGCUAUGCGAGCCGCUGAUGUUGUACGGGCACUGCGCUCUUUCCAAACCAAGGAUAGCAUUGUAGGAAAGCUGUUCGCGAAACACAUCAAGUUGGAGGAAGCGAAGCAGUUCCUUCAACGUGCUCGGUCUGGUAUCGGGGCUGGAACCCCAACCAGAAUCUCAGAUUUGAUCGAGUCUGGAACUCUCAACCUGGAGGAACUGGAGCGCAUUGUCAUUGAUGGAUCGCACAUUGACCAGAAGCAAAGAGGCAUCUUUGACAUGAAGGACACGCAUAUGCCGCUGUUGAAGCUGCUUACUCGGCCGGAACUGCGUGAGCGCUAUGGGGUGAAGAAGGGUGUGAAGAUCUUGGUGUUCUGA